ACAGCCGAUUGCACACCAUCGAGGUUACGGUCUAGACUAGACUAGACUAGACGAGCUCCGCGGAGAUCACAUGACCACAGCACUGUCAUGGCUGCUUCCACAGUGCUCAGGAAAAGCAUGGGUCUGACUUUGACAAUAAGAACCGUUUCUAACAUCCCGAAUCUUUCAAACUGGGCUAGACUGAAGCACUGCAGGCACUUACAACACUCGACAAGUGGGGCAAGAUGUCAAACGGCUUGCAGGAGUCUGCACACGUCGGCGGGUCUGUGCCACAGUGACGAGGAAGGGGCGGAGCGAGAACGCGGCAAGGAUGUGGUGAACGUUGUGUACGUGGACCGGUCAGGACGGAGGAUUCCAGUGAAGGGGAGAGUGGGGGACAACGUGCUUUAUCUAGCUCACAAACAUGGCAUUGAGCUGGAAGGUGCGUGUGAAGCCUCACUAGCGUGUUCUACGUGUCACGUGUAUGUAAGUGACAGGCACCACGAUAAACUGCCAGAACCAGACGAAAGAGAAGACGACAUGCUCGACAUGGCUCCCCUGCUCCAGGAGAACUCUCGUCUGGGCUGCCAGAUAAUCCUGACUCCUGAGCUGGAGGGCAUGGAGCUCACCCUGCCCAAAAUCACACGCAACUUCUACGUGGACGGACACACGCCCAAGCCACACUGACCGGCCGAGGGGACGGGGGACAGGGGGUGCUACAGGGGCUUGGCGGUCAUCUGCUGGUCAGUGGCCACCACAGCUUCAGAGGGCAAGGCGAUGGACCUUCAGUACAGCAUUGCAGAGGUCCUGGCGUCUGGAUCGGAAUGGAAAGAUGCACGUUUAUUAAUGCGUGGCUUUGUUUCCUGUUUAUGGGCAACCCUCCCGUUUUUUGUAUCCUCAGUUCAAAUGAUCUGCUGCCUCUCAGUUUGCACCAGGGGUCAGUGGCUUAAUUGAUAAGGUCAGAUUUGCUGCCUGAUUACAAGAAGGAGACCAAGCUUGAAUUCUCUUUUAUAUAUAUAUAUAUU